AUGGAGACACAGCGUGACGGGGGCCGGGCGCCGGCCACCCUGCCCACCUCCGGUCACGUGCUCCAGGCCGUCAGCGCUAAGGGCUGUUUCAGCAGGCGGAGGAAGCGGAGCCUCGUGCUGAUGGCGCAGAUCACGUGGACAAUGCACACGUGGCUGACACCAGUUGUGCCUUGGGGUCUGCUCCGUGGCACCAGUGCGAUGGAAGAAAACCAGAUAACCCUGGACAACCUUGGGAGGGGCUCAGAUAACCCAGCUUUCAGCUCUGUGGGGGAGGACAGACUCUGUGAGGGAUAUGAUGGUCCAUGUGGUGAGACCAAAGAGAAGAGGAGAGGUGAAUGGAAAGGGAGAUUCUCCUCCUACUGCAGGAAGGCUGUGCAACCGGCUUCCAAGGCAAAGUGCUUCUCCAAGGCUUAUGCCAAGGUGUUGAGAAGGGUCAUCCUAGCGCUCCUUGGAAUAGCCUAUCUGUGCUACUUUAUUGCUGCCUGCUGGCUCAGCUUCCAGCGAGCCCUUCCUUUGGUUGUGAUGACUGCUGUGGUUGUCUUCUUCAUCUGCUGGAGCCUCUUCAAGAAGCACUGUGGGGCAAAGGUGCUGCUGCUCCUCAGCCCCAUUUGGAAAUGCUUCAAAAAGUCCUGGCUAUGGCUGAAAUGGCUGCUGUGGGUGGCCCUCCUGGGAGGCCUGAUCAUAUGGCUGGCUUUGGACACUGCCAGAAAUCCAGAGCAAUUCAUCUCACUGGCUGGCUUCUGCUUCCUGGUGCUGUUCCUGUUUGCCUGCUCCAAGCACCACAGUGCAGUGUCCUGGAGAGCUGUUUCUUGGGGUCUUGGCUUGGAGUUCAUAUUUGGACUUCUCAUCCUCCGAACAACCCCUGGCAUCCAAGCUUUCAAGUGGCUGGGUGACCAGAUCCAGUUCUUCCUAGGCUACACCACAGCUGGCUCCAGCUUUGUCUUUGGGAACAGACUUAUUGAAGAAGUCUUCGCCUUUCAGACUUUGCCCAUUGUUGUUUUCUUCAGUUGUGUGAUGUCCAUCCUCUACUACCUUGGCAUCAUGCAGUGGCUCAUUGUCAAGAUCUCCUGGAUCCUUCAGGUCUCAAUGGGCACCACUUCCACUGAGACGCUGAGUGUGGCAGGGAACAUUUUUGUGGGGCAGACUGAAGCCCCGCUGCUCAUACGCCCAUACCUUGCAGACAUGACCUGUUCAGAAAUCCACGCUGUGAUGACUGGUGGCUUUUCUACAAUUGCAGGCAGUGUGAUGGGUGCUUACAUAUCCUUUGGGAUAGAUGCGGCAUCACUGAUAGCAGCUUCCGUGAUGGCUGCGCCCUGCGCCCUUGCCAUGUCCAAACUUGUCUACCCUGAAGUGGAAGAGUCCAAGUUCAAGGGCAAAGCAAGCAUCCGCCUCGCCAAGGGAGAAGAGAGGAACAUCCUGGAAGCUGCAAGCAAUGGGGCUGCAGCCUCCGUAGUGCUCGUAGCCAACAUUGCAGCCAACCUCAUUGCUUUCUUGGCGGUGCUGGAGUUCAUCAAUGCUGCUCUGCGCUGGUUUGGGGAGAUGGUAGACAUUGAAGGGCUCUCCUUCCAGGUUAUCUGCUCCUACGUUCUCAUGCCUGUGGCCUUUCUUAUGGGGGCAGACUGGGCAGACUCUCCACUGGUGGCUGAGCUCUUGGGGAUGAAGAUCUUCCUGAAUGAGUUUGUGGCGUACCAGCAGCUGGCCACAUACAAGAAAAAACGUCUGUCGGGUCUGGAGGAGUGGGAUGGGAGCCGGAAGCAGUGGAUAUCUGAGCGAGCCGAGAACAUCACCACCUUUGCACUCUGUGGAUUUGCCAACCUCAGCUCCAUUGGGAUCAUGCUGGGAGGUCUGGCCUCCAUGGUUCCCCAGCGUAAGGGUGACUUGGCAUCUGUCGUGCUGCGAGCCCUACUCACUGGCGUGUGUGUCUCCAUGCUCAAUGCCUGCCUGGCAGGCCUCCUUCAUGUGCCAACAGAGGUGGGUGACUGUGUGACCUUUCUCAGCACUGCCAACUUCAGCUCUACCAGCUACGCCAUGUAUACCUGCUGCAAGCAGCUCUUUGCCAGCUCGGUGCUUGACAGUGGAAUGCUCUCCUUCACUGGAGCCUGGGCCGGCCAGCCAGAAGGCAUGCGGUGCCUGACACAGUGCUGUGGGCACUACAACGACACUACCUGUGAGGGGACAACCUAGAAAUAUGCAAACACGGCCUGGAAACACCAGCAUCUGCAAAAUCUUGCCCCAAGCCUAAGAAGUGCCUCAUCAGAAACUUGCAAGUUUGGUCUCCUCUGCUCCAGU